CUUAAAUAAUUGUUCUGUUUUUCUUGGUUUUAAGAAGUUCGCUUUUAGAAGUGAAAAGCAUUAAAGCGUAGCUAUAAAACAGUCAUAUAGUUUUAACUAUGCCAAACUUAAAGGAUAAAUCGCAUGCUGUCAAAGGAAAGUCACAUAAAUACCGAUCUAAAUCGUCUUCCCGAUAUGCUGAUGUGGAUGGACGAAAAGUUAAUUUCGUUUCAAUACCAAACACCAUAAAGCUUAGCAUGUUGAAUAGCGGACUUCUAUCGUUUGAAAAAAUCAGACUGGAGGCGAGAGAUGAAAACAACUCUUUAUCGAAAACAAUACCACAUUUUCCAAUAAUUAAAUCGUAUUUUCUGAAACUGUGUGACUUGCGUCGAAAGUUUCCUGUGCUGUACAAAUUAGAGUUUCAAAUUGCGACCAGAGUAGAGACAAACAUGUGUAGACACGCUAUGAGGAAAAAUAAUCAUGAAAAAAAUCAAAACCCGAAAUGUAUUCCUUAUGAUUACAACCGCGUUGUUCUUAAAAAGUCAUCUUUUGUUCGUGAUUCAGAUUAUAUUAAUGCAUCCUAUGUCGACAGUCUACUCAAACCAAAUGCUUAUAUUGUAUCCCAGGGGCCUGUGGAGGAGACUGUAAAUGAAUUCUGGCAAAUGGUUUGGCAAGAAAAUAUUAGUGCUAUCAUUAUGCUUACUAAAACGUUUGACUUCGCGAAAGUUAUGUGUGUUCAAUAUUGGCCUCCAAACAUGGAAGUACAUGAAACAUAUGGCGAUAUACACAUAAACAUUGUACGAGAAGAACAGCUUGCGAAUUUCCAUAUCAGAACAUUUCAUUUAUAUAAAGUUAAUGAAGCUAAGGAAAUUAUAGACGAACGCCUUAUACUGCAGUUUCAUUAUACAGAAUGGUACUCUCAUUCCUGUCCUUUUUCUAAUGCACUUUUAGAGUUUCGACGUCGAGUUCGCUUGGUUGUUGGAAAUAUAAUUAAAGGUGACGAUUUAAAAGGGCCCAUGUUAGUUCAUUGUAGUGAUGGAGGGGGUAGAUCCGGUGUCUAUUUGUCUAUUGAUGCAAAUCUUGAGCUAGCAGAGGAGGAGGAGUGUUUCAAUGUUUUUGGUUACCUGAAGAAAUUACGUCAGUCUAGAAAGGGUCUCGUAGAAAAUGUUGAACAAUAUAAAUUUAUAUACGACACUCUUGAGGAGCAUAUAAUAUGUGGAAAAACGUGGUUUCCGGUAUCCGAACUUUCUGAUCGCCUAAAAGUUAAAGCUCGCAGAAAUGCAUUAACAAAGAUGAACGAAUAUCAAAUGGAAUAUGAACAAAUUUGCAAACAGACACCUCGAUUUACGAUAGGAGAUUGCGCUGGAGGACAUAGAGCUGAUAAUCGGGAUAAAAAUCGGGAUGUUUUAUGCGUGCCUCCUGAUAAUUUUAGACCGUAUUUAACAUCGUUUCAAGGAAACGCUUUUACCGACUAUAUAAAUUCUGUUUUUGUCGACGGAUAUACUAAACCCAGAGAAUAUAUUGUUACGGAAUGGCCACUGAAACACACGUUAGGGGAAUUUUGGUCUCUCGUGUACGAUCAAGAAUGCUCUGUAGUUGUAGUUCUUUGUCAACCUCCUUUAAAUUCACAGAACUUCCCUUCUUUUUGGCCACACAAGCUGAAAAUGGAAAAGUACGGACCGGUAUUCUCGGUACAUAGCGUUUCUUCAAAAAACUACACUAAUAUAAAGCAAUGGGAAUUUAAAAUUAAUAAGAAAAUCGUGUCUUUGACGGAAAUGAUGGCAGGUGUUAAAGCGCCUACGAAAACUGUUCAACUAUUUCAACUUACAUGUUGGCCUAUGGGGCAUAAAGUACCGACUUCAACUAACUCGCUUGUAUACCUUAUGAAUAUGGUUGAGGUUUGGAGACAAAAAGUUGAUUAUGGCCCAGUUUGUGUUGUCUCUCCAGAUGGUAGGAGUCGUGCUGGUGUAUACUGUGCAGCUAAUGCCUGCAUUGAACAAGUGAUUCAACAUGGAGAAGUUGAUGUUUUCCAGGCUGUAAAAACUGUUCGUCGACAUCGACCGCAGCUUAUUGAAAAUAUGACAGAAUACAAAUAUUGUUACGACUUGGUUCUGCAUUAUGUUCUUCAUUUUCUUAACAAAACUAAAUAAGUGACUUUCAUAAAUUGAUCAAAUAUUAAGCUUGGUUUGGUAAUUGUAUUAUUUUAAUAACAUAGUUAUACUAUAUAUAUAUUAUUAAUUGUA